AUGACAGACAAAAAUCGUCUUUUGCUGGAUGGCCAUCCGGCCAUCUUCUCGCUUCGCACAGCUGCGAUUGUCAGUGCUUUCACGACUUUGGUGGUAUUCGCCUGGGCGAUAAAAGCCCACGGUCACGUAUAUACCGAUCUUAAUGGCGCUUCGCUGUGUGUCAUGAUAUUAGCUACUGCUUCAUAUGCAGUCCUUUGGUCACUUGUGCCCUUGACAGCCUGGCUCCUUCUCCGUCGAUCCCUCCAUCCUGGCGUUUAUAUUGCAUUCGACUUUAUUGCUUUUGCAGCAGUAUUUGCUACUACUCUUGUCACGAUGAUCGUGUUGACACCAAUCGCGAAAGGGGGCUAUUCCUGUCGUAGGUCCAUCUGCACGGAUACCACGUUGCCGAAGGUUGAGUUUUUUGGAUUUGCGAUGGCCUUGCUCACUUCGGUCCUUCAUUUUGUUUUGUUUGUCUGGGCCUGCUGGGCUUGUGACCGCCAUCGGAAGCAACCCCACAAGACGAAUAUUUAA